GGUCAUGGAGAUGUGCCGGGGAGGCAAUCUCAACAACCUGGCUCGCAUGGGGAGUCGCAUCUUUACUGAAGCCCAUGUGGCGGUCCUUGUCUACCAGAUGGUACAGGCGGUUGCCUACUUGCACAACUUGGGAUUUGUACAUUGCGACAUCUGUCCAGAGAAUUGGCUUUUCGAAAAGGAUUUGAACGAGACCACUCCUCCAAACGAUUUGCGUUUGAAGAUGAUCGACUUCGGCCUGGCGCAGAAAUAUGCCCGGGAACCGCCGCGGAAACCCACGCGCUACAGCUACCCCAACGCUCCAGGCUUGAUAGAGAGGCGGACCAGUAGAGUUUCCAGCACCUCCAGCACUCAGACGUCGCGCUCCGGGCGUAGUCGGAAGAGCAACAAGGAUGAUAUGAAAAAGAAACCCUUGACCUCCUCCAAGCUCUUCUGUCAGGCCCCUGAGCAAUUGGAGCCUCUGAGUGUGCCGAGUGCUGCAGCGGAUGUUUGGGCCAUUGGCAUUCUCUCGUACUUUCUGCUGUUGGGCAACUCGCCGUUCGAACCCUCCAAAGGAGUAACGAACCCUUCGAACAAUUUGGCCUUCAAAAAUGCUCGUUAUGUUUUUAUGCCAACAGAGGUGUGGAGGCACAUCUCCACCGAGGCAAAGAGUUUCAUCGCGCUGUGCCUGGAAAAAGAGCCGGAGAAGCGGCCCGACGCGAAGACGUUGUUAGACAUGCCGUGGAUGCGUAUGGCGCGUACGUGCGCCGAGGGCGCCUCUUUGCCCAUGGUCCUUCCAGAGAAGCAACCGGACGCAAAGGACGUGGAAGCCAUCCCCGGCAUGUCCACCAUUGAUACGGCCUCCGCGUCCACGCCGCGGUCCAGGCUCAGCUUCGAUGGUUCGCCUCCUGGUGCGCAGAUGGCGCAGGGCAGUCUGCAGGGCUUCAACGAGUGCCCGCAGGGCGCAGGAAACAC